AGCCAAAUAUGUGCUUGAGCUGUAGGUUAACGUUAGCGAGCUAGCUAGCGUUGUAUUCAAGAAGGAAGCUUUACAAGGUCGGAUAGCGACGAUCGUUAAGUAGGUAGCUUUGUACUGUAAACGUUAGUGUUGCUACAUAGUAUGGUCUAGCCUUAGUGGUGUUGUAAUAGUCGUCGAGUUAGCUAGAUUUAUAAAGCUUUUGGUAGCAAUCAAGCUAACGUUAGCUAGCUAGCUAAACCUCAAGUGUGGUAGCUCGGUCGCGCGGUAAAGAUGGGUUCACAUUCACGGUGUGCUACUUGUUUUUCCUCACGCCAUACGACGUUAGGCUGUCUUGUUCAACUGCUGUAUUUGUUGGUAGUGAGUAGCUAGGCUACUAACUAGAACAAUUAUAAUAAUUCAGAAGUUAGCUACUGGUUUAAUUACAGUUGAAUAUCUGCCUGGUCCAGUUUCCCAUAUCCAUCGUGUGAUCGCCAAGGCAGCGAACCCAUGGCGGACUCGGUGGAGACGUUCCAGACCCACCUAACCUCAGUCAUGGACAGUUUGAUCCGCGCAUCGGUGUGCGAGAUCACCAAACUGUUCCAGGACACGGUGAAUGACUAUCUGGUGGAAAUAUCGCUGAACAGGAAGGAAAUGGACGCUCUAAAACUCCGACUCCGACUGACGGAGAACAAACUGAGAAAUGAACGCAAGUACGGGAUGGGGUGGGCAGAGAAUCGCCGCAAUGCUGGUUUGAUAGUGUCUGAGGACGGUGGGCGGAAAAAGCGGAAAAUUGAAGUGCCUCGUAAGUGUUCAUAUUUAGAGGAAAGCAGACGCUGGGCCUUGCCUUGGGAGGCGCGGGGGAGGAGGAAGGAGGAGCAGCCAGGGUAGUAAUGGGGGGAGGGUGGAAGGAGGCACGCGAGCUGUACCUCAUUCAGUUCCCCGGGGAGGAAGGAGAACUGGAGGAGGAGGGGGGCUGUGUUUCAGGAGAGGGGGAGGAGAUGGACAACAUCAAAGAGGAGUCCAGUGAUGUGGUGGAGGGGGGCUACCAGCCUGCGUCUCUGCGGCUGAUCAAGGAAGCCCUCAAGAUGGACCCGCCCAACCAGAACCGCCAUACUGGAUCCAGAAACCACAGCGAAGUAGGAGACAUGGAGUUCAGCCCUAUGGCCCAGGAGGCCCUGAAGCGACCCUCAGCCCUAAGGCAUGAAGAGGGGGAUGAGGAGGAGUGGGACGUGGGGUCCCCUCCAACAGAGGUGUCGGAGGGGGUGCUGAGCGUGGAGGACCUGAGUGGGCUGGAGACGGCCCUGAGGGCAGAGAGGGGGCGCCAGCAAGCAGCCCUGAGGAUCCCUCCCACAGCAGGCUCCAACCAUGGCUCCAUGACCCCUGACCUGGAAGUCAUAGCAGGCAGCGAGUUCAGUCUGGGCCAGAAGUACAUUGGUCUGGAUGGGUUGGAACAGGAGGGGGCGCUGGGGAGUCCCACACCCUCAGAGAGGGACUCUAGUGAUGCCCUGCAGGGUCCUGGUGCCCGUUUGAAAGAAGGUGAGAGGGCACUGCCAGGGGGGGCUGGAGGAGUGCUGCAGCCACGCUGGCCCAAGAGGCCAAGGGACGGUGAGGGGAUGGAGGAGCAGGGAGGCUCAGAUGAGGCCCUGCAUCACCCAUCUGCUCCGGGUAGCGUGGAUGACAGUGGUGAGGAGGAGACCGGAGACCUGAUGCAUUUCUGCACGCAGUGCGGCGGGGGCUUUGCCAACGAGGCUGAGCUGGAGGAGCACCCCUGCCCCCUGGGGGACACUCACCUGCAGGGAGGGACGGAGGCCACCCUGUUUCCCUGCGCCUCAUGCGGCCACGCCUUCAGCCAUGCCUGGGCCCUGAAGAACCACGAGUGUGUGUGCGCGGCCGAGCGGCCCCACCGCUGCGAGCUCUGUGGGAAGGGCUUCACACACUCGCGCUCGCUGGAGAGGCACCAGGUGGUUCACACUGGAGAGAGGCCACACCGCUGCCAACAGUGCGGGCGGAGCUUUAGUCGCCUAAGCAACCUGGAGAGGCACCAGCGGAUCCACACGGGCGAGCGUCCGUACGGGUGCGAGGUGUGCGGCAGGCGUUUCAGCAGAGUAGAGUACCUGAAAAGACACCAGCUGAUCCACAGUGGAGACCGAGACAAGGCCGGCAGCGCCCACCAGUGCUCUCAGUGUGGGAAAGGCUUCAGCGAACCAGAGCAGCUCAAAAACCAUGAGUGCUUUUUAUAGUUUGAUAAUUGAGAUUUACCAUGAUUUGUUUGGGGGGGGGGGGGGGGGGGGGUUGAAAGAAAUUCCUGCUCACGGUAGAAGUCCCUAACAGAUCUAAGAUCAUUUUACCCUGGCCUCAAUCCUGAAGUUGACCAAUAGAAAUGCAGUCUAAAGCUCUGACCUUGUAUCAGUGGUUAGGGACAACUUCUACCUACUCCAAAAAAAAAGGCAAGGACGGUCAUCCAGGUUGAGAUGUCAAAUUGAAUAUGGAGAAACUUGUGUGUUUUGUAUGUUUCUCAAAUGUACAUUGUAUCUUUAUAUUAUGAAAUUUAGUAUUUUCACUUUGAAUACAUCAAUCAUGGCCUUGUAUUUUGACUUUAUCAAUGAGGACGAUAACAAUUUUGGUAUUUUGUACUAUUCGUUUGUUUUCUGUAUUAUCUAUCAGGAAUAAACACGACUUUAUUCAGUGA